UAAUGAACAUUUGUAACUUGCAUGUGUGCUACGUGCAUGUUAGCAGAUAGAUAGACAAUAUAUAACAUAUCGAUGCAUUUACAUGGAAAAUUAAUCACCGAAUUGAUUGAUUUCGACACAUUUGAUCGGACUGCACCAGUCAGUAUGUUUGUGAAAGUGGAGCUGGUAACAGAAUUGUUCUCGUGAAAGAAUUGUUCGUUCUCCAUAUUAUAUUGAAUGUUGAGUGUGUUGAACGGGUACGAAUGUUGUCGCGGUAAUAAAUAUAAAUCAGUUUGUGUCUCGUCAAAAUAAAAUCAAAACAUUUUGCAUCAAGGAAAUUAAAAGAGAAAAACUAUUCGGCCAGUUCGAAAAUAAUCAAAAAUUCGUUAUUUGUGUCCUUUCGCCAAAAAUUGUUUAAAAAAUGAAUUCCAUUGACAUUUAUAAUGCUCAUCUGAAAAUGAAAAGCACCAGUCGAGACUACAAUGGGAAUGUCAGCUACAAACGAAAUGGAGAUCAUUCAAGAGAUGAAGUGCUAGCGAUUCGUUUGAAAUUUCCCACUAAACUGCCGAUUAUAGUCGAACGCUACUACAAAGAAGUGGAACUGCCGCACUUGAACAAACGAAAGUUUCUCGUGCCGCAAGAAUUGACAAUGUCCCAAUUCGUAUGCAUCAUACGCAACCGAAUGAAAAUUGGCCAGAGCAAAGCUCUCUUUCUACUGGUUAACAAUCGAUCGAUGAUAUCACUGAGCAGAACGAUUGCCGAAAUUUAUUCCGAGCAUUUACACGAUGAUGGGUUUUUAUAUGUAACGUAUACAUCGCAAGAAGUGUUCGGAACGGCAGAUCCGGAUGAAAACUGACUGACCACUGAAUAAAAUGAGUUGCGAGAGA